AUGAACGUGUCGCCACGCACUCGCACGACUGCGCUCCACCAAUCGGACACGACGCGGCCACUCGAAGGUGUCGCCCCGCCUUGUGCCCGCCCCAUCACGUUCCGUGCCACUGCUCGGACGCAUCGCAUGAUCACGUCGGCCAAGAAACGUCGUCCGUCUGUGACUACCCGGACGACGACGACGGCGGCGCCUGCUGUGACUACCCGCGCCACAACGACAAGCGGCAACCACUAUACCUGCUGCCCCGACAAGCCGCGACGCGGUCGUCGCCGUCUCUUGCACGACGACGAGCAGCGGAAAGCGCGACGGAAAGCGCAGUGUCGCUUGAACCAGCGUCGCUAUCGCGCCAGGCAACGGGGUAUCAUUAGCACGCUGUCGCUCGAGACGGGUGGACUGAACGGGUACUUGCAGGACCUGUGUGACUACCGGGACUUUUUGACGAGCUACUUGAUGCACGAGCGCAACUUUGUCGCGGGCUUUGACGAAGAGCGGCCGGUGCUUGUUGCCAAGUACUACUUGCGGACGUUUCGCGCAGGUUUUGCACUGCACUCGACCGAGUCGAGCGCGUUGCAAGAGAGUUUCGUGCGCUUGGUGUGUGCCCCCGAUUUGAUUGCUCACGGCGCGACGGCGGAUGGCAUUGACGCGCUGUUGCUGCAGCUCAAGCGCUACACGUCGUACCACGGGACGUUUGACAUGCGGCCGCAGGACGUGCGUGUGCUUGUUGCGCCUUCGCAAGCGACGAAACAAAGUACAAAGCACGAGGCCCUGUGGAUUGUCCAAGCGCGAGGGAGAGUGAAGCUGCGGCUGUCGCGGGAUACGCUCAUGCUCGUGUACCCACAUAUCCUGCAGCAUCACGAUCAGCUCGCGCAGCGUGUGGUGGGGCAGACGAUCGAGCCGGAGUUCACCGUGACGUUCUACUUUGACGCCAAUGCAAAAGUGACCAAGCUGGAUCAACACAUUGACUUUGCAGGGGCGUUUUCGCAAUUGUUGGGCGUUGCCGAGGACGUGGCUACGUUGCUGGACGGCAUGCUCAUUUCGCCCUUUUCCGAGUUGGGACUGGACCCGCAAGGGCGGACGGCCGAGUCGGCCCUCACGCGAGGAUGCAAACAGCUUAGUCUCAAGUAUAUUUUGCUGUAA